UUCUACCAAAGCAACUGCAAGAGCAAGCCACUGCAAGGGCCAACCAAGCAAGUUGUUAUUUUUUUGUUUUGGAAGCGUUGUACCUGGCUGGUAGCAAUUUGAAGCUCAAGUGACCAAGCAAGAAUCCCAGACGUGCCGGCGCACUAGAGUGUUUCUAGUGAUGGCUCUCCGCGGACAGACCAGCCCCUUUGGUCCUUAUGGUGGUCUUUGCCUUCAGUUUCUGAUGAGAGGUCAGGAACGUCAGGAAGAAACUCCUCAGAGAUUGGAACCAUUAGGAGCCGGUUCUGGUGCAGCAGACAUCGAGUAUGAGCAGUUCAUGAAAGCCAAAGAAGUGCAGAGGAAAAUGUUUCAAGCCGAGAACAAGACGAUUGUACACCAGUGCGCCGAUACUGACAUCAUUGAAGCUGCAGAAGGGUCUGUGGCAUGCAUUGAUGGGAACCAGGCUGCAGCUCACGUUGCCUACGCCCUCAGUGACUGCGCCUUCAUUUAUCCCAUUACUCCAAGCUCUCCUAUGGGAGAGAUGGUCGAUGAAUGGGCUGCACAAGGUCUCAUCAACUGCUAUGGACAGAAACUCAGUGUGACGGAGAUGCAAAGUGAAGCUGGGGCCGCUGGGGCCUUGCACGGUUCAUUGAAAGCUGGCGCUUUCAGCACUACCUUCACCGCGAGUCAAGGCCUUCUUUUGAUGAUCCCAAACAUGUACAAGAUCGCGGGCGAGUUGCUGCCCUGUGUCAUGCAUGUGGCUGCCCGUGCUUUGGCAGGACAGGCAUUGUCCAUUUUUGGAGAUCAUAGUGACGUGAUGGCUUGCCGAUCGACCGGAUGGGCAAUGCUGGCUUCAGAGUCAGUUGAAAUGGCACAGGUGAAUGCAAUCGUGGCCCACCUUGUGUCUAUGGAGCGCAGGGUUCCUGUGCAACACUUUUUUGAUGGCUUCCGCACCAGUCAUGAAGUGAACAAGGUGAAACUCAUUGACUACAAUACCAUGAAGUCCUUCAUCAAUUGGGAGGCCGUGAAGGAACAUCAUGACCUAGCAAUGAACCCACGUCACCCGCACGUGCAAGGCACCUCGCAAGGUCCUGAUAUCUUCUUCCAAUGCGUUGAGGCAGGUAACACCUUCUAUGAUGGCUUGGCAGAUCUCUUUGAAGAGAAGGGCAAGUUGGUCCAAGAGAAAACUGGUUUGCACUUUGCUCUUUAUGGCUACGAAGGCCACCCAGAGGCCAAGCAUGUGAUCGUGGUCAUGGGCAGUGCAGCAGUUACUUGCGGAGAGACUGCGAGCUUCUUGGCCAAACACAAGGGACAACGCGUCGGUGUUCUGAAGGUACGCCUCUUCCGACCCUGGGACAGCUCCCGCUUUUUGGCCGCUUUGCCAACCACAACGGAGCGCAUUUGCGUGUUGGAUCGUACAAAAGAACAAGGUUCACAAGGAGAGCCACUUUUGCUGGAGGUUGCCUCCAUGCUCCACUCCAGCGCCCACUCUGAGAUUGUCGUUAUCGGAGGUCGCUAUGGGUUGGGUUCUAAGGAGUUCACACCCAACAUGGUGCUUUCGAUCUAUGAGAAUCUUGCCCAGGAAAGCCCCAAGCCAAGAUUCACUGUUGGCAUCGAAGAUGAUGUGACACACCUCUCUUUGCCUGUGGGUCCUUGGCUCAAUGUCCUACCAGAAGGCACCACGGAAUGCAUGUUCUAUGGACUUGGCAGUGAUGGUACCGUUGGUGCGAACAAGAGUGCAGUGAAGAUGAUCGCCAUGGGAACGGAGCUUCAUGCGCAGGCAUACUUUGAGUAUGAUGCCAAGAAGAGCGGCGGCGUCACCAUCAGCCACCUCAGGUUUGGACCGAAACCAAUUCAUGCUCCAUACAACGUCCGUGCUGCCGACUAUAUGGCCAUUCACAAGCCAAGCUACGUGCACAACUAUGACAUGACACGGUACUUGAAACAGAACGCAGUAUGCGUCAUCAAUUGCUCUUGGGAUGUCAGUGACUUGGAGAAGCAGCUGCCAGCCAAAAUGCGUCGGGAUUUGGCAGAGAAGAAGGCAAAGUUGUACAUUAUCGAUGCUACCAAGAUUGCCGUGAAGGCUGGACUUGGCAAGCGCAUCAACAUGAUCAUGCAGACUGUCUUCUUCAAACUCAGUGCGGUGAUGCCCUACGAAGAGGCAGUUGAGAUGCUGAAGAAGAGCAUCAAGAAGAUGUACGGCAAGAAGGGUGACAAAGUGGUCAAGAUGAACAUUGAUGGUGUUGAUGCAUCCAUUGAGGGCAUUGUAGAAUGUGAAGUUCCAGCAGCUUGGGCAUCCUUGGCAAUUGAUAAGGAGGCCUCGGAUUCGAAGGGCAACAAAGUGGCCUAUGGCAAGGGGCCGCGAAUGUUCCCUGAAGUGCAGAAUGCCUCGCAGUUUGCCAACCAGGUUCAAGCACCUUGCAACAACCUGGAUGGCAACUCCUUGCCAGUCAGUGCUUUUGUACCUGGUGGACGAGUCCCAUGCGGUACCAGUCAAUACGAGAAGCGUGGUAUUGCUAUCCAGGUGCCCAAGGUGGAUAUGGACAAGUGCACACAGUGCAACAAGUGCAGUCUGAUUUGCCCUCAUGCUGCAGUUCGACCAUUCCUGAUGACUACCCAAGAGCUUGGAAAGGCACCUGCCACCUUCAAGGAAGGCAGUCGUGCAGCAAUUGGAGGAGGUGUUUUGGACAACUAUCAGUAUCGCAUUCAAGUUUCCCCAUGGGAUUGCACCGGUUGUGAGCUGUGCGUGCGCAUUUGCCCUGCGGAUGCACUGACUUUGGGUCCGGCUGAGAAGGUGAUUGAGGAAGAGGAGGACAACUGGAACUUUGCUGUUUCGCUUCCAGAUCGCGGUGAUGAGAUUGACAAGACCACUGUGAAGGGCUCUCAGUUCCAAAAGCCAUACCUGGAGUUCAGUGGAGCUUGCGAAGGAUGUGGCGAGACACCUCAUGUGAAGCUCAUGACCCAGCUCUUUGGUGAUCGACUGGUGAUUGCCAAUGCCACAGGCUGCUCCUCCAUUUGGGGUGGUUCCAACCCGUCCUUCCCCUACACUACGAACAGCAAGGGAGAAGGUCCGGCUUGGGCCAAUUCUUUGUUUGAAGACAAUGCCGAGUUUGGCUUCGGUAUGCGCAAGGCUUUCAAGCAGCGCCGCGACUACCUCGCAAUGCAAGUGGAGGACACCUUGGCGGACCAGUCUGUGAAGAUGUCCGAUGAGCUGCGCCAGGCGUUGCAACAGUACUUGGUGAUGCGCCAGGAGCAGAUGCAUGACUUGCUUUUGCCAAAGGGCCGCAGCAUCUAUCACCAGAUCAUGGAAAAGUUGGUGCCUUUGCUGGAGAAGGAAAAGGGCGAACACCCCAAGAUCCACAACCUCUAUGACUUGGAAGAUAUGUUUGGGCGCAGCAGCUUUUGGAUUGUGGGUGGAGAUGGCUGGGCAUAUGACAUUGGCUAUGGCGGUUUGGACCAUGUGAUUGCCAGUGAAGAGCACGUGAACAUUCUGGUUCUUGACACAGAGAUGUACAGCAACACUGGCGGUCAGGCAUCAAAGGCAACACCCAAGGGAGCCAUGGCGAAGUUUGCGGAGAGUGGCAAAUUGACGCAGAAGAAGGAUUUGGGACAAAUGGCCAUGACAUACAAAAACGUCUAUGUCGCAAGCAUUUGCGUGCAUGUGAAUCCUCAGCAAGCUGUGCGAGCUUUGAUUGAGGCAGAUGCCUACCCGGGGCCAAGCAUCAUUCUCUCCUACACUCCAUGCAUCAGUCAGGGUUUCCCAAUGGCAGAGUCCAUCCAGCACUGUCAGAUGGCCGUGGACAGUGGUUACUGGCCCCUCUACCGUUACAAUCCGGAGUUGGCUGCACACGGAAACAAUCCCUUCCAGCUGGAUAGCCGCAAGAUCAAGGGUGAUCUUCACAAGUUCUUGGCAAAGGAGAACCGCUUUGCUGCAGUGAUGCGCCGAGACCCUAAGCAUGCAGAGGAGUUGGACAACAAGCUGCAAGAGAAUUUGGUGCAGAAGAAUCACUUGUUGCAGGUUUUGAACAAAGAAGACUUGGAGGGACAGUUCAGCAAGUUGGUCGAAGGACUUUCAGAUGCUAAGAGCUCGGGUGAUUCCAUCACUGUGCUUUAUGGCAGUGAGACUGGAAAUGCGGAAGAGCAGGCAAAGAAUCUGAUGCAAGACCUCAUUGCUCGUGGUUUGAAGGCCACGGUGAGCUCAUUAGAUGACUUUGAGUUUGAUGAGCUGCCGAAUCAGAAGAUUCUCAUCCUGGUGGUGUCGACCUGUGGAUUGGGUGAGUACCCAGCAAAUUGCAAACAGACUUGGCUGAAGCUUCAGUCUGCAGAUUUGCCGAUGUCCUGGUUGGCAGGUGUGAAAUUCUGCGUUUUCGGCUUGGGUGACUCAACAUACAGUCAGUUCUGUGUGGCUGCAGCUGGCUUUGACACUCGCUUGGGUGAGCUUGGUGGUCAGCGCAUGCUGAAGCGCGGUGUGGGUGACGAUCGCGAUGAGGAUCGAUAUUACACCGGCUGGGAAGCCUGGUUGCCAGAGCUUUGGAAAGUUCUGGGAGCUCCAGCUUUGCCUUUGAGCCAAGACAUUCCAGCACCAUCGUACCGAGUUGAUGUGUCUCCAGGCACUUUGGAAAAGCCCCCUGUGUCGGAUGACGACAUUAUCCCUCCUGGUGCCAAUCGACUUACACUUCUCACCAAUGACAUACUCACUGGUGAUGCCAAGUACGAUAGAGAUAUUCGGCAUUAUGAAUUUAAGAUUGAAGGCACCAACGUGGCCUACAAGACAGGUGAGAGUCUUGCUAUUUGGCCCCGCAAUCCGCAGGACAAGGUCUUAGAGUUCUGUCAGAUGAUGGGAUUUGAUGCUGCGCAGCAUCUCCGAAUCCUUCCGUUGGAGGGUGCCCGCAACUGGUGUCCAACAGAACUCAGUGUGCGUCAACUCUUCUCCCAUGUUUUGGACAUUUUUGGCAAGCCAAACAGGAAGUUCUUCCAGACUUUAGCGCUCUUUGCAAAGGAUGAAGCAGAGAAGAAGCAGCUCCAAAGCAUCGUUGAGAACAGCAAAGAGGGCGCAGCCCUCUAUCGGGAUUUGACUCAUGACUUCGCUCACCAUGCAGAUGUGCUGAAGAAGUUUGCAAGUGCUCGACCUCCCAUCGAACACUUGUUGCAGAUGAUGCCAGUGCUCAAGCCCAGGAGCUAUUCCAUUGCCAGUUCUCCCUUGAUGCACCCAGACAAGAUCCAACUUUGUGUGGUCUUGGUCGAUUGGACCGUGGAGAGUACCAAGGAGCUUCGCUUGGGCGAAUGCACAGGCUACAUGCAGAUGCAGAAGCCCGGUGCACAAAUCAUGUGUGCUGUGCGAUCCAGCGCCAUUGUGCUGCCCAAGGAGCCUGAAAAACCGGUCAUCAUGGCUGGUAUGGGCACUGGAUUGGCCCCAUGGCGUGCGGUCACUCAGGAGCGAGUGAUGCAAGCAAGGCAAGGCAUCAAGGUUGGGAAGUGCAUGUUGUUCUUCGGUGCGCGAUACAAGCAGGAGUGGCUUUAUCGCGAUGAAUUCGAGGGCUAUGAGAAGGAAGGUGUCCUGCAGAUGCACACAGCCUUCUCACGAGAACAGGCCCGGAAGAUUUACGUGCAGCAUCGAAUAGUGGAGGCUGGCGCUGAUGUGGCAGAGAAGAUGCUGAACCAGGGAGGCCACUUCUACGUUUGUGGAUCAGCACGGCAAGUGCCAGAAGAUAUCUACACCGCCAUGAAGGAGGUGAUGAUGGCGCAUGAGAGAUGUCCCGAAGAAGAUGCAGAGGCCAUUCUCUCGAACCUGAAAAUGGAGGGACGUUACACUGUGGAAGCUUGGUCGUAA